GGCGCAGUUCCUUGCGAGGCUCAGUACUGAAGUUUUGUGAAGACUUGAGAGAGAAAUGGCAGUGAAAUUUGCGGUUGUGUUGGCUGUGGUGGUCGCAGUUCUUGCUGAUCAGAGCUCCCAUGUCACUUUCAGUCUGGGCGAGAAAACCGCCGUCAGUCACGGCUCUACCCAUCACCACACUCCCAGGCACCCACGCCCAACCUAUCACCCUAGGCCCACUUAUAAACCAAAGCCCAUGUACAAACCUGAACCUGCUUAUAAGCCAGAGCCAGCUUACAAGCCUGAACCAGAGCCGGCCUACAAGCCUGAGCCUGCCUACAAGCCAGUGCCAGCUUACACACCUGCCCCAUCAUACAAGCCAGAACCAGCAUAUACCCCAGCGCCAGCAUACACACCAGUACCUUCAUACACCCCAGCUCCUUCUUACAAACCAGAGCCUACAUACAAGCCUGAACCUGCUUAUCAUCCAGAGCCCCUCUAUCGCCCCGAACCUACUUAUGCUCUUCAGCCUGCUUAUCCUGAACCUGCUUAUCACCCUGCUGCUUACCGUCCUGAGCCAACCUACGGGCACAAGACUUCUUACCUUCCACAGCCAUCCUACAAGCACCCAGAACCAAAAGUACCUAACUGUGCUGCUGAGUCAGCAAAACCCUGGUGCCUGGAAGACAAAGAGUACCCAAGUUACGAGAUCAAAGCAGCCGCUGAGUACCACUACGAGAAGCUCCUGUCCCUGUAUGCUGAUGUGGCUGACCUCAACACCGAGUUGUCAGUUGAGCGCCCGAUGUACCUGAAGGAGGAGACCUAUCUCUGCCCAUCUGAGACAGCUUACGUUAUGCCUCUCCGUGCCCAAAACACCGACGGUAAGUGGAGGGUGAUCGUUAACAACAUCGACGUCCAUUACGAUACCCUCACGCAGACGACCCGUAUCGAAGAGUGCCUCGCCUACCAUAAAGCCUGUCCUCUGGUGCCCAAGUGUUACGAGUCAAAGUGCGUCCAGAAGUCUGUGUACCAUCGCUUCUUGGUCUACGACCCUUACGACCAGUACUUCCCAUUUGCCAUCGAGACCUUCAGGCUUCCAGCUAGCUGUGCUUGCCUCCUGGGUGGUUACACCAUCGACCACUAAAGUCAACACAUCGCAGAACUCUCGCCUAAUUGAAUAUGAUUCUCAGAACCUUUAUAUAUAUUUAGAAACCCUUGUGAGUCUUACUUAGUCUAAGAGCACAAGCGGGGGGCGUUACCCAACAGCAUUCCAGAAAGGAUUGAUUCUGUUGAAGCUCAAUGCUUGAAAACGCCGGUACGUGAAGAAAGCAGUUCUCUAGUCAUAACAAAGAAAGAUGUCUAUUUUUUUUAUGUAUAUUUAUUACUCUAGGUUUACUUCAGCUCCUGUAUCUCGCAUGGAACAAAAAGCACGAAAGAA